UUGUGUGUCACCGGCAUACACCACAGCUGGAUGGAACUUUUGUCGAUCUGUCUUAAAUUGUAUUUUUCACAAAAGACGUAGAUUGCACGUUCUUUUCAAGUUAUUACUUUCUUAGCAGGAUGUACGACGAUUAUAAUGAGUUGGUCUCGCAGUACGAUGCCUACGAUGAUUACGGGCCAGCGGACGCCCACGAUCAGUAUGAACGUCCAAGUUAUCGGCAAGUACCUGAAGUGGUACGCAAUUUCCUCGUAUUUUUGCGCAACUGUAUUAACGAGGGCAUGAUCUUUGAGAUUCAAAAUCUGUAUGAAAACUCGUUCCCAAAAAUCUCGGAACAAUUGUUUGACAAGUCGCCAUGGCCGGAUUCCGCAACAAUUGCACAUAUUGUCGAUAACGAUCCAGUCUUCCUGACACUAUACAAGGAACUCUAUUAUCGUCACAUUUACGCUCGCAUGCAAGGUCCCACGUUAGAACAGCGACUUAAUUCUUUCUACAAUUACUGCGAUCUUUUUAAUUACAUUUUACAUCCGGAUACACCAGUCCAAUUGGAAUUACCUGAUCAAUGGCUGUGGGAACUCAUUGAUGAAUUUGUUUAUCAGUUCCAGUCAUUUGCUCAGUAUCGUGCCAAUCUGUCCAAUAAGACUCCAGAUGAGAUUGAAAAUCUGAACGCACACAACAAAAUCUGGGAUGUUCUGUGUGUAUUAAAUGUUCUACAUUACUUAGUUGACAAGUCAAAGAUUAAAAGUCAAUUGGAAGUGUAUGCCAGUGGCGGUGAUCCUGAUUCUGUGGCUGGCGCCUUUGGCAGACAUUCUUUAUACAAGAUGCUUGGCUAUUUUUCUCUUGUUGGUCUUCUAAGAUUGCAUUCUCUCUUGGGUGAUUAUUAUCAGGCCAUCAAAGUUCUGGAAAAUGUAGAGCUUUAUAAGAAAAGUGCAUACUCCCAUGUACCUGGUUGUCAAAUUUCAACAGCAUAUUAUGUGGGUUUCGCGUAUAUGAUGAUGCGCCGAUAUGCAGAUGCGAUCAGAACUUUCUCGGGUAUCUUACUAUACAUCCAGCGUACAAAGCAACUAUUUGCUACACGAAGCUAUCAGAAUGAUCAGAUUAACAAGCAGACUGAGCAGAUGUAUCAUCUUCUCGCCAUUUGUCUGGUUUUACAUCCACAGUGUAUAGACGAAGGUCUUCAGCAAGCUCUGCGAGAUAAGAAUUAUCACGAGAAGAUGUACAAGAUGCAAUAUGGCGAUCUCACAGAGUUCGAGAAUUGCUUUGUGUUCGCAUGCCCUAAAUUCUUAUCUUUAACACCACCAAAUCCGGAUAAUCCUAACGAAGAUUAUGUCCGUGAAGCUAUCAAGCAUCAGACUCAAGUAUUUAUGGAUGAGGUGGUACAGCAGAAAAUGUUACCGACUAUUCGUUCAUAUUUGAAACUUUAUACGACAUUGCCACUUAGCAAAUUAGCAACAUUCAUGGGCAAUAACAGUAGAUCGGACGAAAGCUGGGACCUGGCCAAAGAAGUUAAUGUACUAACAAUCCACUUACUGUGCUUUAAGCAUAAGAUGAAAAAUAUUGUUUGGACAAAAGGUACAUCAGGACUGGAUGGCAAAUUCCAAUCUGGAUCUGAGCUGGACUUUUAUAUCGAUCACGAUAUGAUACAUAUUGCUGACACAAAGGUAGCGCAUCGCUAUGGAGACUUUUUUAUUCGCAAAAUAUUAAAAUUCGAAGAACUAAAUCGCAAAUUACAUCACAUAAAGAUAUAAUAUAUUGUGUAUAAUGAUACAAGUAUUAAAUAUUGUCGCUUAAUUGCAAAGAAUAAAAAUUUUAUAAAAAUGUA